AUGGAAACCUCACAAGAAAAGGAAGGAAUCGUUCUUGUAAUGGGUGUGACUGGUGUAGGAAAGAGCACGUUCAUCAACCAACUAAAGCCCGGGUCGGCUGUAGUAGGGCAUACGAUGGAGUCGACACAAGCUCCGCAAGCCGUCAAAUUAUUCCUGGAUGGAGAUCAUACCGAGUCCGUUACUGUGGUCGAUACUCCUGGUUUCGAUGAUACUUUUCGCUCCGACGAGAAAGUGCUUGAAGCGAUUGCCGAGUUUUUGGCCACCCAGUAUAUCUUAGGUGUCCCGCUGAAAGGCAUUAUCUACAUGCACUCGAUAACCGAGGUCAGGAUGAAAGGGUCAUCUCUCAAGUUCCUAAACAUGUUCCAGUCCCUGUGCGGAGAUGAGGCCAUGAAAAAGGUUUCACUAGUAACCACGCAUUGGGACGCGAUCAAGCCGGAAGAUAUGCGCAACGCCCUCCUUCGCGAACAGGAGCUGAUCAAUAGGUGGUGGGCACCCAUGCUCGAGAAGGGUUCUGUGCCGACGCGGUAUCAUGGGUCGUAUGAAUCGGCCGAGGCUAUUCUUCUAGAGUUAACGCAAGAUGAAGAAAGUAUAGUCCUUGACGUACAGAGGGAGCUCGUCGAUUAUAACAAGAAGCUGGGAGAAACGAGAGCGGGAUUGCCUUUCAAGCAGACAGUGGACGAGGAGAUUGCGAAGUUCAUGAGCUCGGCCGCAAAGAGCGAUGAUCAAGAUAAUGAUACUGUUCAAGGGACCCCACAAGACGACAAAUUGGAGGAAAGGCAGGAACGACUGAAGGCCAACAUCGGCGAAAGGGUGAAGAUGCGCAUAGCGCGCAUAAGGGAGGAGCUGAAAAAUAGCCCGGGCGUUGUAACAGAAGUCAAAAUCUUCGUAAAGGUAUUGAACCUGGCACUCACCAUUGCUUCCCUUGCCACAAUGUAG